GCGCUUUACUUUAAAAGAGUGAAUUUGCUCUCGGUCAGAAGGAUCCGACCCAGCUAAAACCCCAUUUCCAUUUACCGUUGACGGAGCGCAAAAUUCUUACUCUGCGCACAAGAAGCAAUUACUGCUUAAUUCUGUAGAACCCCGGAGAAUUCCCUUGAAUUUAGCUUCCUUUUCGAGUUUUAAGGGUCAUCUCAUUGUUUGUGUUCACCAUACUACGUUACUACGUUACUUUAUCUGUAAAUUUCUUUUUUUUUUGUUUUCGUUUUCCUUCGUCUUUUUCUCUUUCGUAAUUUUCUUCUUUUCUCCAGCUCUUGCUCUCCAUAAAGUGCACUUCAACUCUUUCUCCUUCUUGAAUCGUUACAAUGAGGUCUCGUCUCGUUCCUUGGUUCCUUGUUACGUUAUUCCUUUCACUGCGCAUGAGUGUGGCUAUGGGCGAUCAUUGUCUGAUGGGCCGAAAGACAAACAAGGACGCAGAAGACAACGACAUCUGUUCGCUUCAUCAUCCUGUUACCGGUGAAUUCUACAGUCUUCACGAUCUGGAACGCACGAACGUGUCCGAAAAAGGUGACUACAAUAUCAAUGGCUUUGACUAUGGAUACAACUUCUCCAUGAACCUCUGUAACACUAUUGUGAAUGACGUUUCAAAUUUCACAAUUGUCGGUAACAUUCCUGCCAGCAAUAUUGGCGCAUACUACAUUGACAGGGAAGAAAACCUUUACUCUUUGGGAAGUGUCCGCGAGAAGCCAGUGUUUCGCGGUCGCAAGUUGGUAAUGCAAUUCAACAAUGGUUCUCUGUGCCCCGGUUCACGUACGAUUCGCAAGAGUGCAUUGCUCAGCUUUACCUGUAAUCGUGACCCUUACACGCAGUCUGGUAUUUCGUACAUUGGCAACCUGAACGAAUGUGCUUACUUCUUCGAGUGGAAGACUAUGAUUGCCUGUCCCACAGGCAGAAAGGAUUCUUCAAUGGGACCGUUUGGUGUCUUUGGCGUAUUGACGUGUAUUGGUCUUGUUGCUUAUUUAGUCGGAGGCUGUGUGUACCAGCGUGUUGUGAUGCGUGCGACUGGUUUGCAACAGAUUCCAAACUUCGACAUGUGGUAUUCCAUCUUUAGCUUCGUUAAGGACAUGAGCAUUGCCAUUGUAGCAAGUUUGUGUACUUUUAUUUCUGCUAUCCUUCCUUUUAAGAGAUGGAGAGCGAGAAAUAAUCUUGGCUUUUAUCACAGAACCGAAGACUCGCUAAUUGAUGACAUUGAUGAAGUAUAAACAUCAGUUUCAUCCUGUUAAUCUUUUCAACUUACUUUCAUGAACCUUUCAAAACUAGGAUGCUUAUUCCCCAUUGUCUUACUAAUGACCUUGAAUAUAAUACACUACAGUAUCCGGCGCUUGCUGCAAACUGUGUUUUUUUUAUUGGAA